AUGUCCCUCCGUUCCGCCCUCGCCCGGGGUGCCCAAUGCUCACGAAGAAACACCCUAUUGGGUGUACGAUGCGCCUCCUCCUCCCAUUCAUCACCCUCAACAUCAUCAUCCACCACCUUGUCAUCAUCCGUCCCAACACCAACAUCCAGUAGCCGACACCUCCAUGACUCACCCGCAACGCGUCCCCAACACCCCACCUCCCCAUCCCUGCCGGGGCACAAAAAACCACGGCCCAGAAAACCACGAAACGGCUUCGAACCCACCCGCGACACGAACAAGUACUACCCAAUGGACCCCGAGGAGGUCGAGGCGGACGAGGCGCUCCUCCUGCCCCGUAUAGAGAAGCUCGUAGGGUCUAAGCCGACACGGCUUGCCCUGCGUGAGGCCGCCCUGGCGAGUAAGGGAGUGGAGGGCGAGCCGCAUUUACCGCAUCCAAUCAGGGCGGACACGGCGGCGGCGAUGAAGGCGGUGCUCAGGAUGGAGGCGAGGCAGACGACGGAUCUGGCGCAGGUGAGGAAGGGGGAGUUAAGUGUGGCGAUAGAGGCAGAGGAGGAGGACGAGGCGGUAGGGUUGUCGUUCGCGCCCGGGACAUUCGUGGAGACGAGGAAGAACGAGCAAAGUGUGCAGGGCAUCGUCCUGGACGAAGUCGUCGAGGACCGCAAGUGGACCGUGUUCUCGCUCAACUCGCAUGGGGAAGUAUUCGGGCACUCGCGCGCCGACGUGCACUUUGCCGUGCCCAACUUCAUCUCUGCCGACCACGCCGAGCGGUGCGGAACGCUCUUCAUCACCAGCACGCCCUCCCAAAUCGCCGCGCGCGUUGAAGCCCUCAAACAGCUCCGACUCAUGUCCAAGAAAUCCCAAUCCGAGGCUAUGGGGACCAAGUCCUGGGAAAUGCAGCGCGCAGUGAACAUCUACGACCGCGUCAAGCACGGCGACCCCACGCGAUGGGCGACGACGACCGUCGAGGAGGUGACGCACCUCUUCUACACGCAGCCGUCCUUCGUCGACUACUACACGACGCACAAGUACCUCAUGGACAACUCGCUCCAUUAUGUCGCGGCGCGGAACUACCUGAAGACGCAGCGGUUCGCGGUGCGCCCCGAGCGCGACGUGCGCGAGAUCAAGGAGGUGCUCAUGUAUAUUACGGAGUACCGCGACGGCACGCGUGUGAAUGGGCCAUUCCGGCGGUUCUUUAGGAAGGCGAAGCGCGUGCUGCGGGAGUACGAGAGGCUGGAAGAGGAGGGGAAGAGGAGGGAUCGCGGUCCGGUGGGGGUAGAGCCGAUGGAGGUGCAAUGGAGCGAGGAGGACCAGCUAUUCCUCAGGUUCCUGCUGCGCUCGUGCCAGCCCACGCAGUCGAACCAGUGUGAUCCAUUCACGGCCGGGCGGAACGCGAUCAUGAAGCUCCUCGUGCCGCGUGGCCCGCCCCUGCAGGACAACAUUGUCGCUGGAACCGUCAUGAAGCUCGGCAUCAUCGCGCCCUGGCAGAACUUGUAUGAGCUGACGCCCAAGUUCAACCCUGUGGGCGACUUUACGGUGAGGAACUCGCUGGCGGAUGAGGAUAGGGCGAUUGUUGACAGGACGGUGGGGUAUACCGCCAAGGCGGGUGCGGUGUUGGGCCCGGAGGAUCUGCGUCCUGCAGACCCGCUGGAGGGCGUCAGACAUGACUUUGGGGAUCUGACGGUCUUUGUCAUUGAUGCAAUGAGUGCUGAGGAGCUGGACGAUGGGGUCUCUCUGGAGCAUAUCCCUGGCGAGCCAGAUGCAUUCUGGGUGCACGCCCACAUCGCCGACCCCGCAUCCGUCCUUCACCCGGGCCACGUGCUGUGUAUGAGGGCCAGAGAACGCGCCUCGACGUUCUACUUUGGCUCGCAAUCGUUCCCUCUCUUCCCCAAGGAGCUCAUACACCAUCCCAAGCUCGGCAUGUCGCUGGGCGAUAGGUCGAAGACCGGGCUGGGCGACCGCACGAUCACGCUCAGCAUGAAGGUCGACAUGCAGGGCAACUUCCUGGACUACAAAGCAAGAGCAGGCCUCGUUCAUAAGAUCAGAAAGGUCACAUACCACGACGUCGACCGGGUGCUGGGCAUUCCGCCCCGGAAUACGCACUAUCCCUUCGGUGGCCCACAGGAACCCCCAGAGCACACAACCACGUUUACCGAAGACGAAACAACCGACCUUCGUAUCCUCAAGCGCCUGAUGGACGCGCAGACCAAGCGCCGCGUUGCCAACGGGGCGAUCACCUUCGCCGCCGAGACACCACGGAUUGACUGGAAGGAGCGCCCCGAUAUCCAGACGCCCUGCAUGACGGGAGCGAUAUUCCAUGGCUUCCCGGAGAUGCGGUACGCGGUGACGAGCUCCGUGGACGAGGAGCACGGCGCGCACGGGAUGGUCGCAGAGACAAUGAAGCUCGCGUGCCGCGCGGUGUCGCGCCUGGGCACGGACCACGGCGUCCCACUCAUGCGGCGCGUCAUGGAUCCCUGGGUGGCUGCAUCCGAAGAGUCCCAUCAGGCGCUGCUGGACGCGCGCACGCCGAACGGCAUAGUCAGUCUAUUCUCGAACCUGCACCAUAUUUUGAUCAAUACGGCGUCGGCGGUUAGUCUGCUACCCAAGGGACAUGCGUCGUUGGGUGUGAAGGACGGGGAGGGGUACGUCCGUGCGACGUCGCCGCUGAGGAGGUACGAGGACCUCGUGGCGCAUUGGCAGCUGCACCACAUUUUGCAGGGUGACAAGGCACCUGCGCGUCCCCCGUUCGACGUCGCGGAUAUGGAGAAGUUCGCGGUGGACGCGGUCACGCAGGACCGGACAGUGCGACAGCUGCACAACGCGGACAACACGUAUUUCGCCCUCGUGCGGAUCCAGCAGUACUUGGAGGACAUGAAGCGUGGAGUCGCAAGGCCCGAGGGAAAUAUUUUGGAGGGCUUGAAGGCGUUCAACACGAUGAACCUGAAGAGAAACAUGAUUGAAAAUGUGAACCAUACGUUCGUGCACAUUCCAUACCUGGGGAUGAUCGCACACCUGGUGGACUUGACUAUGGACUUCGCGCAGGUCCGGCUCUCGACGGAGCUCAGGGUGAAGGUCAAGGACGUCGAGUUGGGCAUCAAGAGGCCGAGGUUGCUUGUGACGUUGGAUGACAAGGGGUCAUAG